AUGGAACAUUUGAGCAAACUUGAUUUCACCCCUUUGAAUGUAUCUGGUGAGAACUACGUGAGUUGGACAAUGGAUGUUAAGAUCCAUCUCACUAGUAAGAAACUGAGGAUGGCUAUUGUUAAAGAAAAUCUGCUUAAUGAAGCCCAGAAGGCUGAAGCUAUGAUUCUGAUUAGGAGGCACCUAGAUGAGGUCCUCCGUUUGGAAUACUCAUCGAUUGAGGAUCCCCAAAUACUAGUGGAUGCCCUGGCUAUAUGUCGCAUCAAAUCCACCCUGGAGUUUUGUGGAGAGAAACUAACUGAUGCUGAGAUUCUGGAGAAGACGUACUCUACAUUCCCUGCCUCACAUAUGAUACUGUCUCAACAGUACAGAGCUAAGAACUAUACUCAAUUUUCAGAGUUGGUCACAGUUCUACUCCUUGCCGAGAAGAACCUUGAUCUUCUUUUGAAGAACAACCAGGCUCGACCAGUUGGUACUCGACCUUUGCCAGAAGCAAAUUUGGUCAAUCGAAAUCCUCAACCUUUGCCAGAAGCAAAUUUGGUCUACAUAAACAACCGUGGAGGAGGCAGAGGCCGGGGGUUCAAUCGUCGAGUGAGAGGACGGGGUAAUAGGGACGGACAUGUUCCUUAUAAUAGGCCACCUAAUGGUCCCCCACAGUAUGGGCAAAGGGGGAAUAUGCCAAGAGGAGGUAACAAUGCUCGACCUAGAGGUGCGCAGCAGAAUAGAGUCCCGAAUCAGAAUCAAAAUCAGAAUAGAGAUACAUGUCAUAGGUGUGGUGGAACUGGGCAUUGGUCACGCACCUGUCGUGCGAGGAACGUUAUGGUUGGUGGUGUAAAUAACAAUGCACCACCGGAGACCAACUUGGUUGAGAUAGAUGUUCUCAAUGAGGAGCCCAUUGCUCGACUUCCAAAUCUGGGCACAUCUGACCCAAUGACCCAGUUUGGAAUAUGA